AUGUUAAUAACAGACAACGGACCGGCGUACACUUCAAAACAAUUUAAACAAUUUCUUUUCAAUUGGGAAAUUGAGCAUGUUACUUCAUCUCCGUUAUAUGCACAAUCUAACGGGAAAAGCGAGCGCACGAUACGUACCGUAAAAAAUAUGCUAAAAAAAUGUGAAGAUUCGGAACAUGAUUUCCAUUUAAGUUUAUUAAAUUUAAGAUCUACACCUAGGGAUGGUGUGGAUUCGCCUGCACAAAUUUUGAUGGGAAGACGUUUAAAUACCCGUCUACCGAUUUACGAGCCGUUAUUAGCUGACACAGUGGACAACAAGCUUAAUUAUGAUAAGUUAUUAAACAAACAGACAAGACAAAAAUCCAUCUAUGAUAGACAUGCAAAACACAAAGUCUACCCCAGCUUGGAUCAAAAUGAUAAGGUGGUCAUUAAUGAUGGCGGUCAACGUCGUUUAAUGAAGGUGGUGCAACAAGCAAAGGAGCCAAGGUCGUACAUUUUAGAAGACGAGACUGGACGUAUAUUUAGACGUAAUCGUCGUCAUAUAGUUUGCAGGCGGCGCAAAGGUAAUGAGGGAGCACAAGCUACAGUCACAGGUACAAAUAAAACAGUAGAAAGGCCAUGGACUCCUGCAUCCAGCACCACAGGCUGUGACGCAGAGGCGAGUACUUGUGCAAAAGAAAACGCCAUACAGACAGGCAUAUCUAAUCAUAUACGUACAUACGAAUUACCCAGCACUAACGAUGCGCAAUUUAAAAUAUUGCUAUGUGCUUCAGAAGACAUGCAAAAUUAUCAUUCAGUAAGCCGCAUCAAGGGCUCCUGA